GAGGGGCAAAUUUAAUGAUUAUUUUUUUGUUGGCCAGUUUGCCUACAUUUCCCGAAAUCCACUGCGACGGCAAAAACAUCCGCCAUAUUGAAAUCGCCAGAACGGGAACGCGCUGGCUGCAUAGUCUGUAUCCACAACACAGCAUUUUGGGACUAUGACGCAGACAGUGCAGACGAACGGGGUGCAACCCCUCAGUAAGACCUGGGAACUCAGUCUGUAUGAGUUACAGAGGACUCCACAGGAGGCCAUCACAGAUGGGCUGGAGAUAGCCGUGUCUCCCAGGAGUCUCCACAGUGAGCUGAUGUGUCCCAUCUGUCUGGACAUGCUGAAGAACACCAUGACAACCAAGGAAUGUCUGCACCGCUUCUGUGCCGACUGCAUCAUCACCGCCCUCCGAUCAGGCAACAAGGAAUGCCCUACUUGCAGAAAGAAGCUGGUGUCUAAGCGAUCCCUGCGGCCGGACCCUAACUUUGAUGCCCUCAUCAGUAAGAUCUACCCCAGCAGAGAUGAGUACGAGGCCCACCAGGAGAGGGUUCUGGCCCGCAUCUCCAAACACAACAACCAGCAGGCCCUGUCCCACAGCAUCGAGGAGGGCCUCAAGAUACAAGCCAAGAACAGGCUGCAGCGAGGGAAGAAGCACCAGCUGGAAAACGGCAGCGGGGCGGAGGACAAUGGUGACUCCUCCCACUGCAGCAAUGCCUCCGUCCACUCCAACCAGCAGGAGGCGGGGCCGAGCAUCAAGCGUACCAAGACGUCAGAUGACUCUGGUCUGGACAUGGACAACGCUACAGAGAACGGAGGGGGAGGAGAGGUGGCCAUGGACGGAGCCAGCGAGAUAGAACUGGUGUUCUGUCCUCAUCCUACGCUCAUGGACAAGGAGGACACCGUGCAGACCAGUGUUGAGUUUGUUCCCAGGUACAUCAAGACGUCGGGUAACGCCACAGUGGACCACCUGUCUAAGUACCUGGCUGUGCGUCUGGCUCUGGAGGAACUGAGGAAGAACGGAGAGGCCAGCCCUGUCAAUGUAGACGCUGCCUCAGAGAAACAAUACACCAUUUAUAUCCCUACAGCCAACGGCCAGUUCACGGUGCUGAACGGGUCUUUUUCUCUGGAGCUUGUCAGUGAGAAGUACUGGAAGGUGAACAAACCCAUGGAGCUGUACUUCGCCCCCACCAAGGAGCACAAGUAGACCGCCUGGAGUACACCUGGGGGGUAGACCGCCUGGAGUACACCUGGGGGGGUAGACCGCCUGGAGUACACCUGGGGGGGUAGACCGAAUGAUACCGUAUUCCCUGUGUCCCAGGGUAGUGUCAGGAGGGAAUAGGGUACCAUUUGGAUCACAGUUCUGGACGAGACCUGCCAGGAGGACUAGGUGUCUAAUGGACACUAUGGACUCACACUCUCAGUCUUUCCCCUUUUCUGAUCUCUCCCUCUCCGUCUCUCCCCCUUCUGAUCUCUCCCUCUCUCUCUCCCCUUUUCUGAUCUCUCCCUCUCUGUCUCUCCCCUUU